AGCAUUACAUAUUGUGAACCUUAACCUAAUCUAACCAGCAUGACUGUAGAUUUUAAUUUGUGCUAUAUAACUCAGGAGAGUUGAAGACACGUCAUGACAAUUUAUCACGACAAAUAUCCUCCAGCCAGAGGAUAACUUAAAAAAAAAAAAGUGCAAAUUUUAUCAACAGUUAUAUUUACAUCAAUGUUUAAUCAAUUAUUAUAUUUUAUUGAAUUUAUUAAAAGAGCCAUUUUUUCGACAUGAAGAUUGUACUAGUAACCGGCGGUUCGGGGCUCGUUGGCAGUGCCAUUCGGAAUGUUAUUGAACAAGAUAAGAGGGAGGAUGAAAAGUGGAUAUUUGUUGGCUCCAAAGAUGCGGAUUUGUGCGACAAGGAGAGUACUCGCAGAUUAUUCAAUCAACACAAACCGACACAUGUUAUUCACUUGGCUGCUAUGGUCGGUGGACUUUUCCACAAUAUGUCACAUAAUUUGGACUUUCUGCGAAACAAUAUACACAUGAAUGAUAAUGUUCUCCACACUGCUCAUGAGCAUAAUAUAACAAAAGUUGUUUCAUGCCUCUCCACUUGUGUAUUUCCUGACAAAACAACCUAUCCAAUUGAUGAAACUAUGGUUCACAAUGGACCACCGCAUCCUUCAAAUUAUGGUUACAGUUAUGCCAAGCGACUCAUAGAUGUUGCAAACAGAGGUUAUCACGACCAGCAUGGUAGACUAUACACUAGUGUAAUUCCUUGCAACGUAUUUGGUCCUUAUGAUAACUUCCAUCCCAGUGCAAGUCAUGUUAUACCUGGUUUAAUGCGAAGAUUGCAAGACUUAUGCAAAAAUGGAAAUACAGAAGAUAAGAUAUUCACUGUGCUUGGCUCUGGCAAGCCUUUAAGACAAUUUAUCUAUAGUAUAGACUUAGCAAAAUUAAUUAUUUGGGUGUUGCGGGAAUAUGACUCUGUGGAACCAAUUAUAUUAUCAGUGGAUGAAGCGCAGGAGAAAUCGAUAGCGGAGGUGGCGGAGACUCUGGUGCGAGCUUUCGAUUUUAAAGGUAAGGUAGUAUAUGAUACAUCGGCGGCAGACGGCCAGUACAAAAAAACAGCAAGUAAUGCGAAAUUAAGAAGUUAUCUACCCGAUUUUCAAUUCACUCCUUUUGAACAAGCAAUUAAAGAGACUGUUGAUUGGUACAUAAAGAAUUAUGAUCGAGCAAGGAAUUAAAAAAACACUGCGUUCUUUUUUAAGAUAAUUAGAAAUAAGAUUUGCAAUUUUUAGCUCAAAUGUUUUAUUUCUGUAAACAGAUAUGAUUUAAAUCGUAUCCAGAUAUUCGUAUCCAGAUUCGUAUCUUGAUUAUUGAAUCUUGAAGGAUUAACAAUCAUGUCUAACAGUAUCAGUUUACCAUUGCUAUUAUUAAUUAUAUUUUUAAGAUUAUAUUACUAUAAAUUUUAUCAUGUAACAUUUCAAAGUGUAUAUAGACUAUACUGUAAAUCACGAAUUUUGAUUAUAACAUCUCUACUGAAGUCCAGAUAUUAACGUUAAUACAAAUAAUACAAUUUAUUAAAAAUGUUCAAAAUUGAAACUGGAAACACCGAGUGUUAUAGUUACAAAUGUUACUCGUACAAUUUUUUAUAUUGUAAAAAACUAUAUUUUUAAAAUAUAUGAUUCAUGUGCAAAAUGUUUUGUUCG